CAAAUUCAAUUCGAAUAGACAUAUAUUCAACCCUACUUAAAUCUUCACAUCAAAUUUGUCGCAAAGGCUACGCACGCAGUAAAUUCUGCGCUCAUCUCGUGGCAGCGGUUGAUAUGCUUUCUUCUGAGUUUAAGCAAAACAGAAACAGUGGUAGCCUGGUGCGAGAUAACAUGGAAACCUGUGAUGGCAGCUACUCUUUCUCUAUGCCAAUGGACGUGUUAACUGAGAUUCUUAUCCAACUCCCUGUGAAAUCAUUGAUACGGCUCGCCUUUGUGUGUAAAUCUUGGUUUCACCUUAUCAGAAGUGACCCACAAUUUGCCUUGAGACAUUAUCUCCCAAGAACUAGACCUUCAUCAUCUACAUUGUUGGACAAUGUCGAUUAUAUUCUUGAUCACCCUUUUUUGUAUAUUCUGAGGCACGUUUCCACGACAGUAAUUAAGGAGGCGGUGUAUUUACGCUUUAACCGAAAAGAAAACUUUUCUUCAUUUGAAGACACUUGAGUCUCAUCCGACGUAUGCUAGGCAUACAUCUAACUUAUGUCAUGGUCUAAUUUGUGUCAUAGUUUAUCCUCUUGAUAAUGGGCCUAGAAUGCUGUUAUGUAACCCGGGGAUCGGAGAGGUGGUGUCACUCCAACGACCGGGUUGCCGUGAAAUUGUUAAAGUUGGACUGGGAUACGACCCAACAUGUAACAACUAUAAGGUAGUGACACUGUCAGCCUUCGGAAAGGGUAGAACCAAAUCUUGGAUAGUGGAUGUGUACUCGGUCAGAGAUGGAUGUUGGCACACUUUACAUGGCAUUGGAUCUCUUGAACACCUUGACUCAUACUCAUUUCAAGGUGAAGCUGUGUUGAAUUCCAAUGGAAGAGUUAUUAAUUGGCUGUGUUUCCAUAAAGGAAUAUUAUCAUUUGACAUCGUAGAUGAGAUUUUCCUUAUGAUAAGCAUCCCAGAAUGUUUAGGCCCGGGCAGGUGGCACCCACAUCAUAUCUUAACUUCAAGUGGAUGUGAGGUUUGCCUAUGUUGUUCCUCCUCUUCAUACAAUUGGUUUUGAGGCUGGAUGUUCUGAUGAUGCCCAAAUUUGGGUACUAAAAAGAGAUGGUGAGAAAGAUAAUUUGAUGUGGAAGAAGCAUUUUUCCUUGAAAUUUCCUGCUGAAUAUGUGGGAUUUGUUUCUUUUGUCAAAAUUUGGAUGAAUGACAAUGAACUUUUUGCUCAUGUGCGUAAAUCAGAAUGCAGUAAAGUAGAGGUGUACCAUUAUGACCGUACUACUAAUGAGCUCAAGCCCACCGGCAGAUUGGGGUGGUUUGAUCCCAUUUGUGGUUAUACAGAGAGUUUAAUCUCUGUCAAGCAACUUGUUUCGUCUUCUCAUCAUCUACCAUCUGCUGCAGCUGUUGCUCGAGAUGACGAAAAGAAAGGUCGCGCCUGUGUGAUCCGAGAAGUUGGUACAAAAGAGAGUGAUGUUCAUUGGUCAUACUAUCUCCGUCCCUAAAGUUUGGACCAUGAUUUUCAUUAGUAUAUUAUUAUGAAAGUUAUAAAUUUUAUACUUUUAUGAAAUUACUUCUUACAAGAUUUUUUUCGUAUCAUUUUAUAUUAUAAAUAAUUUCCAAUAAAAAUACACAUAGUUGGUCAAAGUUUUAAAGAUAGACAAGUUUUUAGGGAAGGAUGUAGUAUUAAAGUUGGCUUAUCAAGCCAGUCAUAUUAUUAUUGCAGAUGUUUAAUUAUCUUAUAA